GCGGGCAGAACUGGGCCCCGGGCCUUGAGUUUGACACCUGUGGUUACACACCCCAACGGGGGAAAAAAACGCAUGACGUCACACAAGCUAAUCACGGAAGUGGCAAUUGAGUUACUGUGAAGCUACUGACAGAUCAGAGCCACCAGAGAUGCUCGGCGGAGGCUUCAAAUCGGAGAGGUUAAGAGUCAACCUCCGGCUUGUCAUCAACCGACUCAAACAUCUUGAGAACAAGAAAACUGAGCUUGCUCAAAAGGCUCGCAAGGAGAUUGCAGAUUACCUGUCAUCGGGAAAAGAUGAGCGGGCGCGGAUCCGUGUGGAGCAUAUCAUCAGGGAGGACUAUUUGGUUGAAGCCAUGGAGAUUCUGGAGCUUUACUGUGACUUGCUACUGACACGCUUUGGCCUCAUUCAAUCAAUGAAGGAGCUAGAUCCGGGCUUGCAGGAGGCGGUGUCCACCCUUAUCUGGGCAGCUCAUCGCCUCCAGUCAGAGGUGGCAGAAUUAAAGAUUGUAUCAGACCAGUUAUGUGCAAAAUAUAGCAAGGAGUAUGGCAAGCUGUGCAGGUCAAACCAGAUUGGAACAGUUAAUGAAAGACUGAUGCACAAGCUGAGUGUGGAGGCCCCUCCCAAGAUCUUGGUAGAGCGCUACCUGAUUGAGAUUGCCAAGAACUAUAAUGUGCCGUAUGAACCCGAUGCCAUGGUCCGGCCUGAGGUGAAUCAUGGGGAAGAAGCUGACCUGAUUGAUGUGAACAAUUACAAGAAGUCUGGAGGAGGAGGAGGUUUUACUGCUCCUGCCAUGCCCAUGCCUAUGUCUGCACCUUUCAACUACCCACCUCCCAAAGGAGCAGAACCACCCAAUCCACCCAUUGGAUUCAGCUUAACGCAACCCAUGGGAGGAGGGCAGCCCCCUCAGCUGCCCACUUCUCCCCCCACAUACGAGUCUAUUGAUGACCUAACACACAGAAACAUUCUUCCUUUCCAGGCCACAGGUCCUUCACCACAAAUAUUUGACAACAACGCUCUCCCAGAGCUUCCUUCUGUGCCUGACACGCUCCCGUCAUCCUCCUUGGGCGGGAAAACCACAACUUCGGACGACAUCGACUUUGAUGAUCUGACAAGACGCUUUGAAGAGCUGAAGAAGAAGACCUAAGAGUGAUGUUCAUCAUUGACAUUAGAAGUAAAACAUGCUCAAAGCUCAAAAUUUACUAAAUAUACAUAUAACAUGAUACAUUUAAUCUCAAGUUUCUAAUCAGCUAUUUCCUGUCAGGUAGACCAGUAUAUAUUUUACUUCCUAGAGUUAUUUACAUAUAAUUAUUCCUGUUUCAUAUUGCCUAGCGUCACUAUUUUAACAUCCACCUUUUGAUGGUUUGACUUAUGUAUUUAUGUUUCAAAUAACAGACUAGCCUUGGUUAUUUGCACGGGAUGUUACUGUCAAUGGACCACGUUUGCCUAGUUGUUCAUCACUCACCAGAGGCCUUGCCAGUCUGUAAAUGGAUAGCGCGUCAUGCAUUUGCUGGCCAUCAAGACUGAAUACAAGUCCAAUUUUCUACAGUUUAUGCGUCACUUUAUUUACUGUACCCGUGAACAAUUUGGUGAUGUUUGUUUGCUUGUGAGAAUGUAUCAAUGUUGCUGUCAUGUACAGUACAUGCCAUGUGUCCUCUAGCCCAAUGUUACCCAACCUUAAUGGAUCCAAGGCACAUAAUUUACAUUAGAAAUCUCACGCACACCACCAAACUAAAAUAUCACAAAAAGUAAUAGGUACCUUCUGCCAUCUAAUGGAAGAGCAUACUUGUUUUGCCUGUCACUACAUGUUGCUAGUAUAGAUAGAUGGAAACAAUAAUUUCAGAUGUUUGGACAAAUGAAAGUUAAUUUGGGUCAUUUUUAAUUUCAAGGCACACAAAUCUGCCACAAUACAGUGGUUGGGAUUCACUUCUUAAACUAAGCCACUCAUUUCAGCUUGCACGGCUAAGCCUUGGGGAAAAUGUCACAAGGUUAAUGACCCUAGCGAAAAUGCUUCCCUCACUUGCUUUCUGUAUUGGACUGUUGAAUGUUGUCCUUACUUAAUUAAAGUCUAUUUGGAAUUACAAAA